AGGAGGGACGUCUAGCAGCAGCAGAGCCUUGGAGCGGAUCCCACCGCGGGGACGGCUGUGCUGUCAGCGGUAUCUCUUGGACUCGUAUGUGCUCAGUGCUGGAGCUCUCCAGCUUUUAGGCCCCGACACUUUAAUGGGACCCCGGGAGCCGGGCAGGAGUUCUCCGUUUUUUGCCACAAUCGUCUCUCCCCGGCCAUGCCACAAUGCUGAUGAUACAUCUGCUGGUGUUGCUGAGCCUGUUGGAUCCCGUUAGUCCCCGGAGCCGCUGCGACCCUGGCCAGGCUUGCGACCCCCGACAACGGAGGGACGCCGGGGGCCGCGGAGGAGUAUAUGAACACCUCGGAGGAGCGCCACGAAGAAGGAAACUCUACUGCGCCACUAAAUAUCAUUUACAAAUCCAUCCUAAUGGGAAGAUAGAUGGCUCACUGGAGGAAACGAAUCCAUUAAGCAUCAUGGAAAUCACAGCAGUGGAUGUGGGAGUUGUGGCCAUAAAAGGGCUUUUCUCUGGCAGAUAUUUGGCCAUGAAUGAUAAAGGGCGACUGUAUGCCUCGGAAGUAUUCAACAAAGAGUGUGAGUUUGUGGAGCGGAUCCAUGAGUUGGGGUACAACACCUAUGCAUCUCGCCACCACUCAACCGAACAGCCACUGCCAACAGGGGGCAUUAGCAACAAGCGACGAGCCAGCGCCAAACGCCAGUGGUAUGUUUCUAUUAAUGGCAAAGGCCGGCCGCGGCGGGGCUUUAAAACGCGAAGCACAGACAAAGCCUCACUAUUUCUGCCUCGGGUUCUGGGCAACAAGGACCAUGAGAUGGUGAGAAGGUUAAGAGACAGUCAGAGCGCACACCACCACACGCAUCACCUCAGCAGCCGUGGUGAAUGCCGAAGACGCCGGCAUCGUGCCAGGAAAGGCCGGGGCUGACUGAGCAGACAUUCAGAGGAGGGAGCUGACCCUGUAGUCCUGAGACUGUUCAGAACCAUGACCUUGUUACACAGUGUAGCUUGAUUUCAAUGGAGGAUGUGAAAAAACAGUCUUGAUGCUGCCUUCUGGAUUAGCAGAAGUAUUUGUCAUUGAUGCACAAAGAAAGAAAUCCAUAGAAGACGAAGAGAAGACCUAUAGCCAACUGAAGUGUUGCGACACAUUGGUUGAAUUGCCCACACAUGCACACACGCACACACAAACAUACACUUGACUUCAUGCAUGCACACACACACACACACACACACACACACAUACACAAACUGUGUAAUCUUCUAUUUACUGAUGUCUGACUUCUUCAAAAAUUCUACUGUCUUACUACUUGUUACUGUAGACAAAUGCAUUAGUAUAGAUUAACACUUCAAUCUAAUUUUAUAAAAAGUUCAAAUUUAGAACAAGAGACCAAUUUAUCUUCAUCUUUUCACAGAGCUACAUACCUUUUGACAGGGAUUAUUGUAAAUGCAGUAUACAGGGAUUCUGUAGGUUUUCAUUUCACUGAAAUGAUUAACAGAAUAUAAUAUUUUGCUACACGAGUGCAAGUGCUAACAAAAAUGAUGGAUAUUGAACAGAGUACGUAAUAAAUCAAAGCACUUUUUGUCAGAUUCGCAUUAAGACACAAAUGUAAAAUCAGUAUGGGAUGUGAUAUAGUGGAAUAUUUUUACAAUGUGAUAGUCUACUGUCUGCAAACUGAAAGAAGUACUUUGUAUAUUUUACUAAUGAUAUGAAUAUUUUACUAAUGAUAUGAGUAUUUAUUUGGUGCCUGUGUUGUAAGUUAUUGAUAAGACUAUUUCUGCAUUUUGCCUGUUGCUAAUUGUUUCAUAGUUAUCACUUAUCACCUGCUUCCAACAUAAAUGAAUAUUGACACAAGAAAACAAGUGGCCAAUUUGUACUUUGUUUUUUUUUUAUUUUCACUCCUACACAUCUUAUGGUUUUCCCUUUAAAAUGCAAAGUGUUUUGGUUUCCUCAAGGGGUAAAUGCAACUGUAUGAACCAGAUGUGAAGACGGUUAGACAGCUGUGCCUGUAUUUGUCUGUAACUUCCUAAGGAUCUCCGUACAAAUACAAAUCACAUCAUUGAUGAUUUACAGAGAGUAGUUUUCUGUGCCAUAAUCCUGCUCUGUAGAGCUGCAGUGGACAGGUAUGGGUGGUGUAACAGUAGGUUAGCUAAGUUUAUUACAACAUGCAGCCCCCCCCCCUAUCUACAUGUGACAUUAUCUCUCUCUCUCUCUCUCUCUCUCUCUGCUGCUCAUUUGUGAAAGUGCCCACCUGUUGCUGCAAUACAGCUGAGCAGAAACUAUAAAAACGACCAUCAAUGCAAAAUUCAUUACAAGAAGCA